AUGUUGCCUCCACCGAAUGCAGACAUUGGUUACUCUUUCAUGAUCAGCAGUGACGGUGAGGUUUACGUCGGCCGCAGUUGGGACAUCCAGGGAGCCAAUACUUACGGGUACAAUAGAAAAAGCAUCGGAAUAGCCUUCAUCGGAACGUUCCUAACAACAGAGCCGACCGAUAGUCAACUCGACGCUGCCAAAAGAUUGUUGGAACUCGGUGUCAAGGAUAACAAGCUGGCAAAGGAUUAUAAACUCUUGGCUCACUGCCAGGUCUUGUCUACGGAGAGUCCUGGGCAAAAACUGUACAACAUUAUCCAAAAAUGGGAUCACUGGACGGAUAAACCUUGAAGAACGUUGUUUCCUCUCCAUCGGAGGGUUUUAAUUGCGAAACCCAAGCUGCACUGCAACAAAAAACAUUCAAAGAAAUAUUUUUUUUUUUAAUAUUUACUAAAUAAAUACUACAAAAGCAUAUUUUACGUGUC